CCUGCGCAGAACACCUGGCUGCGCUACUACCACUUCUCUUUAAGGGGGAGGAGGCGAGAGCCGAGGAGAGCCAUGGGGGGCUGCGAAGUCCGGGAAUUUCUUUUGCAAUUUGGUUUCUUCUUGCCUCUGCUGACAGCUUGGCCAGGCGAUUGCAGUCACGUCUCCAGCAACCAAGUUGUGUUGCUUGAUACAACAACUGUGCUGGGAGAGCUAGGAUGGAAAACAUAUCCAUUAAAUGGGUGGGAUGCCAUCACUGAAAUGGAUGAACACAAUAGACCCAUUCACACGUACCAGGUAUGUAACGUAAUGGAACCAAACCAAAACAACUGGCUUCGUACAAACUGGAUCUCCCGUGAUGCAGCUCAGAAAAUUUAUGUGGAAAUGAAGUUCACACUGAGGGAUUGUAACAGCAUCCCAUGGGUCUUGGGAACUUGCAAAGAAACAUUUAAUCUGUAUUAUAUGGAAUCAGAUGAGUCUCAUGGAAUUAAAUUCAAGCCAAGUCAAUAUACGAAAAUAGAUACAAUUGCUGCUGAUGAGAGUUUUACCCAGAUGGAUUUGGGUGAUCGUAUCCUCAAACUCAACACUGAAAUUCGUGAGGUGGGGCCUAUAGAAAGGAAAGGAUUUUAUCUAGCUUUUCAAGACAUUGGGGCAUGCAUUGCUCUGGUUUCAGUUCGUGUUUUCUACAAAAAAUGCCCCUUCACCGUUCGUAACUUGGCCAUGUUUCCUGACACCAUCCCGAGGGUUGAUUCUUCCUCUUUGGUUGAAGUACGGGGCUCUUGUGUGAAGAGUGCUGAAGAGCGUGAUACUCCUAAACUAUACUGUGGUGCUGAUGGAGAUUGGCUUGUUCCUCUUGGAAGGUGCAUCUGCAGUACAGGAUAUGAAGAAAUUGAAGGUUCUUGCCAUGCCUGCAGACCAGGAUUCUAUAAAGCGUUUGCCGGAAAUACAAAGUGUUCUAAAUGCCCUCCACACAGUUUAACCUACAUGGAAGCGACUUCUGUCUGUCAGUGUGAAAAGGGUUACUUCCGAGCUGAAAAAGACCCACCUUCCAUGGCAUGUACUAGGCCACCUUCAGCUCCUAGGAAUGUGGUUUUUAACAUCAAUGAAACAGCCCUUAUUUUGGAAUGGAGCCCACCAAUUGACACAGGAGGCAGAAAAGAUCUCACAUACAGUGUGAUCUGUAAGAAAUGUGGCUUAGACACCAGCCAGUGUGAGGACUGUGGUGGAGGACUCCGCUUCAUCCCAAGACAUACUGGCCUGAUCAACAAUUCUGUGAUAGUACUUGACUUUGUGUCUCACGUGAAUUACACCUUUGAAAUAGAAGCCAUGAAUGGAGUUUCUGAGUUGAGUUUUUCUCCCAAGCCAUUCACAACUAUUACUGUGACCACGGAUCAAGAUGCACCUUCACUGAUAGGUAUGGUAAGGAAAGACUGGGCAUCCCAAAAUAGCAUUGCCCUCUCCUGGCAAGCACCAGCCUUUUCCAAUGGAGCCAUUCUGGACUACGAGAUCAAGUACUAUGAGAAAGUCUACCCCCGGAUAGCGCCGGCAUUUUGGCACUACCUGCGGGUAGAAGACCAUGAACAACUCACCUACUCCUCCACGAGGUCCAAGGCCCCCAGUGUCAUCAUCACGGGGCUCAAGCCGGCCACCAAGUAUGUAUUUCACAUCCGAGUGAGGACUGCAACAGGAUACAGUGGCUACAGUCAGAAAUUUGAAUUUGAAACAGGCGAUGAAACUUCUGACCUGGCAGCAGAGCAAGGGCAGAUCCUGGUGAUUGCCACCGCAGCCGUUGGAGGGUUCACUCUGCUUGUCAUCCUCACGCUGUUCUUCUUAAUCACUGGGAGGUGUCAAUGGUACAUAAAAGCCAAAAUGAAAUCAGAAGAGAAGAGGAGAAACCACUUACAAAAUGGGCAUUUACGUUUCCCAGGAAUUAAAACUUACAUCGAUCCAGAUACAUAUGAAGACCCAUCCCUAGCAGUCCAUGAAUUUGCAAAGGAGAUUGAUCCCUCAAGAAUUCGCAUUGAGAGAGUCAUCGGGGCAGGUGAAUUUGGAGAAGUCUGUAGUGGGCGUUUGAAGACACCUGGAAAAAGAGAGAUCCCAGUUGCCAUCAAAACUUUGAAAGGUGGCCACAUGGAUAGACAAAGAAGAGAUUUUCUAAGAGAAGCCAGUAUCAUGGGUCAAUUUGACCACCCAAAUAUCAUUCGACUAGAAGGUGUUGUCACAAAAAGAUCCUUCCCAGCUAUUGGGGUAGAAGCAUUUUGCCCCAGCUUCCUGAGGGCAGGAUUUUUAAAUAGCAUCCAGGCCCCACAUCCAGUACCAGGAGGAGGAUCUUUGCCCCCAAGGAUUCCGGCUGGCAGACCAGUAAUGAUUGUGGUGGAAUAUAUGGAGAAUGGAUCCCUAGACUCCUUUUUGCGGAAACAUGAUGGCCAUUUCACAGUCAUCCAGUUAGUCGGUAUGCUCCGAGGCAUUGCAUCAGGCAUGAAGUAUCUUUCUGAUAUGGGUUAUGUUCAUCGGGACUUAGCAGCUCGGAAUAUAUUGGUCAACAGCAACUUAGUAUGUAAAGUUUCGGAUUUUGGUCUCUCCCGAGUACUAGAAGACGAUCCAGAAGCUGCUUACACUACAACUGGUGGGAAAAUCCCCAUAAGAUGGACAGCUCCAGAAGCUAUCGCCUACAGAAAAUUCUCCUCAGCCAGUGAUGCAUGGAGUUAUGGUAUUGUCAUGUGGGAGGUCAUGUCCUAUGGAGAGAGACCUUAUUGGGAAAUGUCUAACCAAGAUGUCAUUCUGUCCAUUGAAGAAGGUUACAGACUUCCAGCUCCCAUGGGCUGUCCAGCAUCUCUACACCAACUGAUGCUCCAUUGCUGGCAGAAGGAGAGAAAUCACAGACCAAAAUUUACUGACAUUGUCAGCUUCCUUGACAAACUGAUCCGCAAUCCCAGUGCCCUUCACACCCUGGUGGAGGACAUCCUUGUAAUGCCAGAGUCACCUGGCGAAGUUUCCGAAUAUCCUCUAUUUGUCACAGUCGGUGACUGGCUGGAUUCUAUAAAAAUGGGGCAAUAUAAGAAUAACUUCAUGGCAGCAGGGUUUACGACUUUUGACCUGAUUUCAAGAAUGAAUAUUGAUGACAUUAGAAGAAUUGGGGUCAUCCUCAUUGGACACCAGAGACGAAUAGUCAGCAGCAUACAGACUUUACGUUUACACAUGAUGCAUAUACAAGAGAAAGGAUUUCACGUAUGAAAGUACGAUAACACCUGUGCUUUGUGCCUCAGCAUUUCUAAAAUGAAAAACAUCUUCUCUAUCACCCUCUUCUGACUCUCAAAACGUCGCUUCACAAAUCGCAGGCUCCUUUUCAGACUAUGGGCACACACCUCAUGUUCAUGCUUCCAACCUGGAUUGUAAAAUCAUGCUGCAUAGAUCCUCUCUGAGUAACCUGCACAUAAAACCCUCGCCCACUGCAGAUUAUCGCUACACAGUGGUAAAUAACUCAGCAUGGAUGUGUAACUUUGUAUGGCUGUAUUUGGGAAGUUUUCACGGAUUAACCUAAAGAAAUUUGUCCAGACGUGGUUUCCUCAAUGAUGUACUUAGAGUUUGAUGGAAGAUGAGAAAUAGUUGACCUUUCAUGUUUUGUGACCAAGUAGCUCCCAUAUUGACAUAAAUAUUUAUUUUUAGAUCAUUAUAAUCAACUCUAUGGGUUGUAUUGUUACUUUAUUUUUAAUAGUUUCACUUUUGGCACCUGAUGUUAGCAUUAUUUGCAGAAAUGACUGAUGAUUCCAUGUAGUGAACUCGUGUCAGGCAAGACUAUGGUGAGAAAGGGGUUAUCGAGUAGGGAGAGGGAGAAAAAUACUGUGCUUUUAAAUCCUCUAAGCUUUGAUUUUUUUUUUAAAUUAACUUUAUAGUAUCAUAUUCCAUAGUAGGUGGUAGUUUAGAGGUUCUUCCCCUCUAAUUUUUUAAUUAAUAGUUGUAUAUUUUUCUACUACCUUAUGAAGAUCGCUCCUGGAAAGACCAACAGUGAGCUCACUGCUCUAAUGGUUUUCAUAGACUGGAGAAUAGAAAAAGCCUAUGACUGCUCCCCUGGUUCAUCUUCACAUAUUUACAAACGUAAUGAUCAAAGCACUGAGAAAAUUAGUUGUCCUCAGUAGGACUGCUUUGAAUAAAAGAAUUAAGAAUAUAGCCUUAGAUUUCAUAUAAAAUGAUUCAUUUAAACCAAAUUUUAUAAUAGCUAUAUGCUGAC